AUGGAAACAGAUGUAAACAGUAUGCAUUCAAAAGAAUAUUCUCUUGUUGAAACGAAACGUCAUAAACCAUGUUUAAUAUAUCGUGGUCAUCGUUAUGUACAAGAUAAAAUACAAAAUCGUACUAUUUAUUGGCGAUGUGAAGAUCGAUCACAUUGUAAUGGUCGUGCGCAUCAACUAAUUGGAAAUGGAGCAUUACCUAUUUUAACUAUAAAACAUAAUCAUCCAUCUAUCGUUGAGGAUUUAUCAAGGCAUGACAUUGUAUCAGUUGACAGUCAUCGCCGUCGCAAAAGACAAAAUCGAAAAGUAUGUUCUUAUCAUCCGCAACACAAGAAUGAUCUUCUAUUUUCAACUACCUCAUCAAUAAUGACAUCAACGAUUAAACUAGAAAAUUAUCAAAACAAGCAGCAACGCUCACAACAACAACAACAUGCAACUAUGGUCAAAAACCUUCAUUUGUCCGAAGUAAUUACAACAGCUCAACCUGCAAACAUACCUCGUUGUAAUGGUAUCAAUGAAUAUCUUCACAAUAUGCCUGAUCCAAAUGAAAUGACAAAAUUGCUUAGUAAUAUCACAACAACAUCAACAAAUUAUUCGUUGAAGAAAACUUCGGCAUCACCAACAAUAGAUUAUCCAAGCCGUUUAAAUCAUUUCUCUUGGGAAGAAAUCGAAGGACGGUAUCUACCAGUUAUCUAUAGACAUGAACAUGGUAUUAAUCAACGUUAUAUAUCGAAAAUGUAUGUUGAACAUACUUUAUUUGAAAGUGAACCAUGGCAACGGCAUACACUCUUAGCUCGUUCACUACCACCGCUUGUAUCCUAUUCCUAUACUGAAAAUGAACUUAAAUUAUUUCGUUCUAUUAUUGAAUGGCAUUUAGCAAGUUUUCAUUUUAAAACAAUACCAUCGUCUGAUUGUCUUAUAUGUUUUGAAGAUCUCUUGGAUUUUUAUAAUAAUCUACGUAAAUUACGAGAUAAUAUCCCAACCGCAGCCACAACAACAACGACAUUCAAUCGACCUAUAGCUCCAUUACCGCGGCCAUCUCCGCUACCGCUUAAACCAACUAUCGCACCAUCUCAGUCAUUCGAAUUACCUACACAAAUAAUUUCAUUUGUAAAAGAACAACCAAAAUCUCAUUUAUUACCACAAAAUGCAGAUAUUUCUACACAAAUGAACCGAGGUCAAACACAAAUAGUAACAACUCAAAAAAUUUCAAAAGAAUCUGGUUGGGUACAAAUUAAUAACGUUUUCAUUCCUUACAUUGUUAAAACAAAGCUACGCGAAAAUGAAUUAAAUAAAUGCCAUACACGUCAACCAGCGCCACAAUUACAACGUGAAUUCUAUGUGCCAUAUGAAAUUCUUAUUAAAUGUAAUAUUUUUUCUGAUAGUGAAUUUUCAUUAAAAAAACUUCUCAUCAAAGCUACGCAACAAGAUUUUGAUAUAUUAAAUAAUCUUAUUACAAAUAUUAAUAUUUUCGAUGAAAAAGUGCCAGAAAAAAUGUUACUAGUUAAUUUAUAUCAUGUUAUGGUAGGACUCAAUCGAAUUUUUUAUGUCAAAUUUUUACCAACUAAACAACCUCGAACACAAGUGAAUAAAUAUCAUAUUGAAAUAUUAACACAUAAAGGUGGUAGUCUACUUAUGAAUGGAAAUAAAUUAAUACCAUAUAUUGUACAAAAUAAUCGUUUCUAUGUACCACUGCUGUAUACAUUUCAUUCAUUACCAAAUAUACUUUUACAAGCUAAACGAGGUGCACGUGCACCAAGACAGCAUGAAAUUGAUUAUUUAAAUUUAUUAUUGAUUUAUUUUUCAAUUGAUACACAACCAUUAACAUUGGAUACAUUACUUGUUGAUAUAUACAAUAUAAAAUGUUCAAAUUUACAAACACCUAUUCACUAUCGAACAUUAUAUGAACAUCAACAACAUGAAAAAAAUAAAUUAUUAAAUUCAAUAAUUCGUAGUACACAACCACAAAAAACAACAAAUGGAUCAUCAUCAGUGUCGUCGUCGUCGUCGUCGUCAUCAUCAUCAUCAUCAUCAUCAUCAUCACCAAAUAAAACAAAUAAAUAUCCAUUAACAAAUGUUGUUGUCAAUCCAAUGAUUCAUCAUCCAUCUUUUUAUGGCUUGACAACUUCUAAACCAGUUCUAUCCGUACCAAAAAUAGUAAAGCAACCUGAAAUAAAAACUAUUAUCUAUGAAAAUCGUGUAUUAAAUGCUAUUGCUAAAUCACCUGAUUUAUCAGUGGCCGAUUGGAGAAUAUCUUUGAAAGAAAUUUUUCAAAAAUUUUCGAUUCAUAUCGAUUAUCAAAAAUUUAUUCAAUGGUGUCAAACAAAUUUACUUUUACCAUUAAUUAAAAUGGACGAACAAGAACAUCAAAUCAUUAAAAAUACUAAGAACGAUGAUGAUUAUUAUGUUUAUCAACGUAACCUUGAUCGUUGUGUUGAACUAUUAAAUGAUAUUACACGAGGUUCUAUUAGUAUGACUUUAUUAUCAACAUCGUCCUCCACAGUAUCAACAUUAGAUUAUGAAUCACAACAACAGCAAUCCAUGAUUCAAUCGUCAUUAGCAGGUGCUAAAAAACGUAAAACUACAGUGCCAACAACUCGUCAUAUAUCACCAUCGCCAACAACAAUCAAAGAAAUGAAUCCAUUAGCAAGUUCCAUCCCUCAAGAAAUCGAACAUUCAUCUUCAGCAGUACCAGCACCUGAGGAAAUAACUCUUUCAGUUACUAAUGAGAUUUCAGUAAAAUCUCUAAAUGAUCAAAUAACAUGUCAAAUAGUCAGUGUUGACGAUGAUGAUGAUGGUAUGAUGCCAGUUGUAGCAUCUGUUGAAGAAGAACAACCACUUGAAGAUUCAGAUCAAUCAGAACCCGAUACAUCAUUUGUAUUUGUUGAUUCAACUGAUUGUAAUGAUGAAAAAAUUCAAUUGGAUGAUAGAAUUCUAUCAUGUUCAUCUGGUUAUGAAUCGUCUGCAGCAUUAACGAAUAUUGAUAUUAAUGUGCAUGAACAUGACGAAGAAACAAAUUCAACAAUAAAUUCGAGAGAAAAUUCAUCAUCAUGUAUAUCACCAAUAUCACAAAAAUCUUCCAUGGUAUCAUCGAAAAAUCAAAAUAAAAUAAAUAGAAAACGUCAACGCAAUAAUAAUGGAGGAUCACGAUCACGUUCACUAACAUCACGGAAUGUUAAAAGGCAGCGCUCCAUAAAUGAACAUUCACCACUAGUAAGUAUCAUCACUAAGGAUAAAAUUGAACAACAUUUAAAAACUUUGUUCAUGUCAUCAAAUGAAAAAAAACGUCCACGUAUUAGACCAAUAAAAACAUCAACAACAAAUCAUACUAUUGAAAAUGUCAAUGCAAAUACAAAUAAUGAUAAUUCAGUGAAGACGAUUGAGCAAGAUACAAAUGUUUUUGACAUUCUUUCUUCAUCGAUUACAGGUGAAUCAAUAAUAACCGAUGAUGAUCCAACGCAGAGUCAAUCGUGCACAUAUAAUGUUGUUAUAACAGACAAACCUAAUAAAUUAGGUUUAACCAUAAAAAAAAUUGCUCAAUCAUAA